CAAAGCCAAAACCCGCACACAGAUCUACUGCCCCAACCAAAUUCCCUUCCUCCCGCUCCCCGCCGCCGCCGCCGCCCACCCAUGACGGCCGGCACCGGCGAGCCCCACCGCGUAGUCCUCCUCGUCGACCUCGACCCCCUCCUACCCUCCGCAAACCCUAGUACUCCUACCGCCCAGGCCGCCUCCUCCUACCUCGCCGUCGUCCUCCCAGCCGUCACCUCCCUUCUCGCCGCCUCCCUCUCCCCCACCUCCCUCUCCGCCGCGCGCCUCUUCUUCUCCUCCCUCUCCCCGAUCCUCUCAUCCUCCCUCCUCCCCAAACACCUCCCCGCCGCCCCCAGCCCGCUCUCCUUCGACCUCCACCCGGCCACCCUCGCCUCACUCACCCCGCUCCGCCGCCUCGCUGUCCCUGGAUGCCCAAACCCCCGGGUUCCCGCCUCCUCUUACUCCAUCGCCAAAUCACUCCUCCAGCUCGAACACGACUACCCGUGGGACGCCGAGCCCCAGCACGGCCGCCGCCGUGUCUUCGACCGACCGCCCAAUUUGGUGGUCCUCUUCACGCCCGCUGCCGAUUUCAAGGAAUUCGGUGAGAACACGACCUUUGGGAAGAGGUUUAGGGAGGUUUUCGGGCCGGUGAAGGACCGGCUUUCGGCCAGGGGGGUACAGGUGUGUUGGGUCGCCGUCGGUUCCACCAGCGAAGGGAUCCGAGGGGCGGUGACGGAGCUAGGGUGGCGGUUCACGACCACCGAUGCCGUUGCUUUAGGGUCAGUUGUUGCACCGCCCAGGCUCGUGUGGGGAGGCGUUGGCUUUGGGUGUGAGGGGGGCGGAGGGCGAGGUGAGGUGGUGUUGGAGAUCGAAGAUGUGAAGGGGAAGCCGCUGGUCUGCAAGGGAUGUGAGGUCGAGGUGGUUGGCUCCACACCGUGGCGGGUGGGUGUUGAUGGUGUCUCCAGGAUACAUGUGAAGACAGUGUGUGACGUGGGGAAUUGGGAGCAGUUGAUGCGCAGAGAUGACGAGGUUGUUCUGGUCCGUGGGUCGCCAAGGGAUAGGAGCAAGGGUGACAGCGAAGAAGCUAUGGACAAUGAGUUCUUCCCACAUCGGCUUCUUGAAUUGGUGCUCGCCGGUGAGAAGAAAGGGUUUGGUGCUGGCAUGCCUAUGUGGCAGCUCAUUCUGAUUUUCCUUCAUAGGAGGAACUAUUGUGCAAUGGUGUCAGUGUCUGGUGAAGAUGGGAACUCUGUAGAUGGUGUUCUUGUGCCUUUCUCGAUGAACUAUGCAUUACUGCAUGUUGAUAGGAAUGGCGCUGGUUUAGGACAGCUGGUUGCGAAAAGUCCUGGGAUGCCAGAUAGUUGUGUGCCUGAUCCAUCAAAGGACCAGAGCGUGAGGAAGAAGAGAACCAAGCUGGCCCGUAAGCUACUUGAGACUACCAGCUGGAGCACAUUCUGCGAUGCGCUCCUCAAACAUGCUGAUGGCAGCAUGCCGGUGGUGGACUUGGAAGACCUGUAUUUCACCAGAUAUGCCACUAAAUCAAAGAAGUUGCGGUUUUUGAAGUGUUGGCUUAAACAAGUGAAAUUGUCAUGUCUUAGUACUUCAUCAAGAGCUCAUACAGAAGGAGAGAAGUGUCCUUCCUCAAAGGAUGAAGGAGAAGCAAAAAAUCAAGUUUCAGAGGAGGAAGCUUCAGCUUCUCAUGUCAAUUUUUCAUUGGAUGGAGCAGAUGAUAACAAAAUGGACAAACCGGUGGAUGAAGUGGAUUGCAACAAAGUGGAGCAACCAGUGAAUAAAGAGAGUCCAGCAUUCUCCUCUAUGGAAGAUUUAGAAGCAUUUCUUGGGAGUAUCCCUCAGAAGAUUGAGCAAGGUCUUUGUUCUGAAGAUGCUGAUUUGGGGAAUUUAGCUGAGCGCUUGGUUGGCUUGUCCAUCCAUGCGCUCUUGAUUAAGCAUGGCAAAAUUUCAGUUAGGUAUUUUGAACACAGGGAAGUAGAUGAUGCUUCUGAUGCAAAAAUUGCCUGUGAAGCUUCCAGUAUUCUGCUGAGGAAACCCAAAGAGCUUGUGUUGAAGUACAAAGACAACAAUGCAGCACCUGCCACAUCAGAGCAGACCUCAAAGUACAGAACAAAUUACAAAAUUAGAGAGCAUGAACUGCAGAUAUUGCUUCGGAUGGAAAUAAUCAAGUCUGAAGUUGGGCCUUACUUCGAGGAAGGUUUGAAACAGAAGAUGGUAAAAGAAAUCUGCUCUCUGUUGCAGUUUAUUGAUAUCAACCUCCAAGGAGAUACAUUUCAGUCUGACAGCAUCGUUAAGUUUGCUGAGAAGACUAUUAAGUCCAGGUACAUGAACUCCAUGGAGGAUGUGAUCAAGAAGAUAUACACCGAGAUGGAGUUCGAUCUAUUCGACGACGAUGAGAUGCCAUGUUCAGAUUCUUUACCCAGCAGCAGCAACCACCAGGACGACACCAAGGCUGACAGGAGCCGGAGUAGCGCGCGCAGGAACUGCAUCGGCAGCGCAAGCGCCUCCGCGCCCCCCACAAGGAGCCGCCACCACGACAGGCACGAAGAGAAGCUGGAGCGAGCGCGCGAGCGACGGAACAGGGAGCGGAGGCUCUCCUCCUUCACCAGCUGGGUGCCCGACCUGCACCGCGUGUGGGCGCUCAAGCACCCGGGGAAAGAGCCUCCCCCGGCGGCGGUGCCACGGUCCAGGCAGCACUCGAAGCGGAGGAAGCGGCGGGUGUCAUGCACCGACAUGGUGUUUGAAACGCCCAUGACGGCUGCGAAGAAGCAGCAGCAGACGUCGUCGGGGUCUGACGAGGGAGACGAGAUGAGGUCGUUCGACUCCGUGUCCAAGGCCUUGUUUGACGACGUCGACGAUACGGAGAUACUAAGCUCAAGCAGCGUGUAAACGAAACAGAAUAAUUCGAAAAAUUGACCACACCAUUCUUUGUACCUCGCCAAAAAUACACGUCUUUCCUUGCCUUCUUGGUC